GGCUGCAGCAGGUGGGAGCGGGGCUGUUGAUAUCAAUAUGGCGGUUGUCAGCCAGACAAAGACAGUCAGUCUGAUGUGAUUGAGACAAGGGAGGUUUUCAGGGGGAGACUGGGAGAUAGGGGCCACCCCUCCCCCUUCUCCUCUUCCUGCGCCGGCCUCCACCCCUCCCCUGCCCCCUCCCGACGGGCGCCCCACGCGGAAGACACCCCUCCCCCUCCCGCCUUCCCUCCUCCCUCCCUCAGCCCUUCGUACUGGGACGUUGGGGAGGGGGCUGUGCCGGGCGGAGAGAACUCAGCCAGGAUUCUGAGAAUGGUAAAUAACGCUGAUCAUCCCUGAAAGGAUAUUGAUCUGCCUCAUGUAAAGUAUGCUCAGUUCCUUUCCAGUGGUUUUGCUGGAAACCAUGUCUCACUAUACAGAUGAACCCAGAUUUACCAUAGAGCAGAUAGAUCUGCUUCAGCGCCUCCGGCGUACUGGAAUGACUAAACAUGAAAUCCUCCAUGCCUUGGAAACUUUGGACCGUCUUGAUCAAGAGCAUAGUGACAAAUUUGGAAGAAGGUCCAGCUAUGGAGGAAGUUCAUAUGGGAACAGUACCAACAAUGUCCCAGCAUCUUCCUCUACAGCUACAGCUUCCACACAGACCCAGCAUUCGGGAAUGUCCCCAUCACCUAGUAACAGUUACGAUACCUCGCCACAGCCUUGCACUACCAAUCAGAAUGGGAGAGAGAAUAAUGAGAGGUUGUCCACUUCCAAUGGAAAGAUGUCACCAACCCGCUACCAUGCAAACAGCAUGGGUCAGAGGUCAUACAGUUUUGAAGCCUCAGAAGAGGACCUAGAUGUAGAUGAUAAAGUGGAGGAAUUAAUGAGGAGGGACAGCAGUGUGAUAAAAGAGGAAAUCAAAGCCUUUCUUGCCAAUCGGAGGAUUUCCCAAGCAGUUGUUGCACAGGUAACAGGUAUCAGCCAGAGCCGUAUCUCUCAUUGGCUGUUGCAACAGGGAUCAGACCUGAGUGAACAGAAGAAAAGAGCGUUUUACCGAUGGUAUCAACUGGAGAAGACAAACCCUGGGGCUACGCUAAGUAUGAGACCAGCCCCUAUUCCUAUAGAGGAUCCUGAAUGGAGACAAACGCCUCCCCCAGUCUCUGCCGCAUCUGGGACCUUCCGACUACGACGAGGAAGUCGAUUCACCUGGAGAAAGGAGUGCCUGGCUGUGAUGGAAAGUUACUUCAAUGAGAAUCAAUACCCAGAUGAAGCAAAGAGAGAAGAGAUUGCAAAUGCCUGCAAUGCAGUUAUACAGAAGCCAGGCAAAAAACUGUCAGAUCUGGAACGAGUUACCUCCCUGAAAGUAUAUAAUUGGUUUGCUAACAGACGGAAGGAGAUCAAGAGGAGAGCCAACAUCGAAGCAGCAAUCCUGGAGAGUCAUGGGAUAGAUGUACAGAGUCCAGGCGGCCAUUCCAACAGCGAUGAUGUUGACGGGAACGACUACUCUGAGCAGGAUACUUGGCAAGUACGCAAUGGGGAGGAGGAGGAGGGAAGAAGUUCAGAGGGAGGCAGAGAAGCAGAGAAGGAUGACAGCACGAGCCAUAGUGACCACCAAGACCCCAUCUCUUUAGCUGUGGAAAUGGCAGCAGUCAACCACACUAUCUUGGCAUUGGCCCGACAAGGAGCCAACGAGAUCAAGACAGAGGCCCUGGAUGAUGACUGAUGAGGGAGGUUAAACACGACGAGUUAACUUAGUUUAGAUGUAGCACCUUAGCAGACUUUCCUCGGUCCUUAACAUGUGUUCUUACAGUAUAACUUGCAGUUUCUUGUAUGUCAGGUAGCCGUUAGGGUCUUGUUCUGUGAAGAUGGCAUGGUGCCCUCAGCCUUUGCAUAUACUCUCUCAGUAUUGAUUCCCAGUAAAUAAUAACCAACCAACCAACCUUCCCUCUCCCAGCCCCUGAGGCUAGAAAAUCCUGCUGCUCCGUCUUAGCAUUCCAAGAAAGUGCUUCCAGGUAUCUAGAUAGCCCUCAGUUCUCAAAUAUUAGGCUAUGUGUAAAACCUCGGGUGCGUAGAUUCACGUAACACUAGUCUGUACCUCCUUGUCCUUCCCUAAGGCUGACAGGAAGCAAGCUGAGGUAGAGUCACAGGCAUGACAGACCCCCUUGGGGAGUAUCCACAGAGUCACAGGAACACUAGCAUCCCCACCUCGGCGUGAGGAUAAUUGAUUUCCAGCUGCAAUAAGCCGUGCCUCCUUACAGUCACACCGUGGCUAGAUCACACUUCUCUGGGUGCUGUGCUAAGAAUGUCAAUGGAGAAACUCCUCCUCAGAUUUUGGUGGUUGUUAACAUGCCUGACACAGACAUCCUUUCCUCUCACAAGCUGUGUGACUUAGUAGAUGAAAUACUGCCUUCUGCCUUUGGGACCAUAAUUAAAAACAAAACAAAAAAGACAAAAAAAAAAAUUAAAAAAAAAAAAAACCCAGCUUGAGAGCAUUGGAAAAAACUAUGAGCUGAAUGUCUAAUGGAUGCGAAGUCCAGUUCUCAGAACCACUGUACAUUCCACGGCACAGUUCCCAGUGCCUGUCUGGAACGUUCUGGAGGUCCUCAUGGAAGUUGCUUUGCCUCCUGUCGGUGUUCCUUUUCCCUGCUACCAAAAACAGUCUUUCAAGGAUGGAGCAAAAGUCAAAAAUAGUGAAAUACAGUCUUUUAUCCAUUAACUGAAGCCCCCUCGUUCUGAGAGGCUGAUAGAGGACUGCACUGGGGUCGUGCUGACUGUCACAGAUGCAAAUACUUGCCUAAAUAGGAGCAGAAAAAAGCAGGGGACAUUGGCCACUUACGUGGUGGCUGUGUGAGACAUGACAGGAUGUGACUGCUUUGGUGUUCUCUUUACUCUGUCCUUGUAGAGAUGUGAAAAGCUAUUGCUACAGGCAAUUUAUUUAAUAAUUGGAAGCCAUAUUGAUAAUGGAUGUGGUAAUAUUUGUAAAGUUUAAUCUACUUUAAGCGGCAGUAACUAAUGGAAUUUUUUUCCUUGAUCACAUAUGUAGCACUUUUGUUACUUUUUAAAGAUAUUUAUAUUUGAUAAAUCUUUUUUUCAUUUUGAGAACUCAAAAUACCAAACAGUGAACUUGCGUUAUAGAGUAACCCUGUGAUCACCUUGUCAUCUCGUAGCAAAGUGAUGAAGUAUUCAUGCAUCAGAGAAAAUUACAUCUGCUGGCCUUGUAUGAAAUGAUCUCUUGGCAUCCCGAUUAGAUGACACACAGUCACUGUGGGUAAAGGAAACAGCCUUCCCUGGAGCAGCACAGGGUGCAUCUGAAAGAGGCGCACUGCUGUCUGCUUGCUGCCUCGUUCCGCCUCUCCUUUCAGGGUGUAACGAAGCCUCGUUUCAAGGGGAGCAUGGGGCUGGCUAGUAAGUGGGGUUUCUGUCUUUUUGUCCAUUACCUGAAAACAGUUACUAAAAUGGAAGGUGCCAUUUUCUUACCUCUUCAUCCCUCCUCCUCUACCAAAUGUAUUCAACUUCAAACUAUCGAGAGCGAGACUGAGACUGACCUCCCUCCCUUGGUCUUCCCUUUCUCAUUUGUGACGUACUGAAUAUCUGCCAGUUGUUGACUGGGCUCCCACCAGGUAAGGCACAUGCUGACUCCAUACUCUCCUCAUCUGUUAGUCCUGCUCCCGUAGUGUGGGGAAGAGUCUUUGAGAAGGCAUGAGUGUGCCGUCUCAUACAUGUCUGUGACUUCAAAGAACUACAUGCAGGAAUUGGUCCUGCUCUUGUCCAUAGAUUUCAGGGGGGGGAAAUGUAAUACUUUUUCCAGCUUCCAAGAAUUGAAGUAAAAUAGAGCAGUCAUCUGUUUUACUGUAUUACUUGAACCAACAAAUUCAAGAGUAGCAUUUGUUAUUCUCAGGAAUGACCCCAUCCUCUCUCCUGCGCCCCUGCUCAUAUUCUGUCUUGGUUUAUUUGACUUAUUUCAGUUAGGAAAUUGUGAUAUCUUUCUUUCAUUUUGUUUAGAAGAAAUAUAACAUUUUAUCUUUCUAUUUUGGUAGAAUUUUCUCUUUUUCUUGGUUGAAUCAGAACAAGGAGAGGAACAAAGUGCACUCUGACAAGCCACAUCCAUGAUUGAUUGUAAGGAGAUUAUUAUAAUUGACGGCUUCUCUGGGAUAGGAUUGCUAGUAUUGUUUGUUCUUGCUGGUCUUUUUAAGGGACAGACUCAAACUGUUAAGACAGCUGCCGUUUCUAAAGAAAUUCAGUGAUUGGCAUAGAAGAGCUAAAAGGUUUCAUUGUUUUAAGACCUUUAAGGAAGAAAAAAAGCCUUCAGCGAAUAAAAGGAGUUCACAUCCUCCAAGAGCAGUACCAGGCCCUAACUGCCAAAGUGGUGAAACUCAGAGCAUGUUUCCACCAAUGGAAGACAGCCUUGUGUCGGACUCGGGGAACAGGCGGAAGAGUCUUUCACCCACGAUUCUUGUCAUCUGAGAAGACUGGUGGCCUACUCUGAAGACCCCACUGCCUUACGUGUUAACUUGCUUUUUCACCAAGGGUAAGACUUUACUUUUGUUUGGUCUAGAUUUAAACCUACCAUCAGUUUUUUUCUGUUUUUGUUACCAGGGUCAAUUCUGCUAUCUCUUCCUGACCUCUUUAGUUCUUGUAAUGGCAUAUGGCGCUGCCACUGUUAACAUUUCUAAUAUCUUUGGACAGUAAAUUAAGCUUUUCCAGGUUUUAGAGGUAGUUUUAAAAUAGAAAUGCUAAACUGCUCUAUUCCUGAAGAGGAACGAGCCAGGCUCUCGACAGAUCGCCUGCUGUCUUCUGGUCUCUCUCUCCUCUCAGUUCAUUCUGAACUUUAGGCCUCAAAGGGCUCCAGCUUUGUUCCUUCCUGGUUGAGGAAGAGUUUUAAGUGUCUUUUCAAUAUUGAGUACCGGCAACUGGCCAACAGAUAUUUGUGUAACUUUUUUUUUUUUUAAAGACAUUUUAAUUCAGUUACUGUAGUCAGGUGGAUAAAGCUUCCCACCCUUUUAAAAACACCUUACAAGGGGAACUUUUAAAGAUGGCUCAUGUUAACGAGAUGUCUGCCUAUCUGUUGACAGUCCCAACAUCAGGUGGAGGCCACUAUGGUAGGCUCUUAUCUGUACAGGCCUUCUAGGGCCAUUCAGUACCAAGGAGACAUCUCAGUUUAUUUCAGCAAAGUUUGUAAUGUUGGCGUGCCCCUUAAGGCUGGUAGAUAAUUAUAGUUACCUUCCACCUCACAAUGGGCACUAGCCGUUCAGUCGGACACCCCCCACAUGCACAUUCCCACGGCCCUUAGCAGAAGGGGGCAGCCCUCCCACAGGUACCCUUCAUCCAUCCCAGCGCAGUAGGUGUGACCACCUAAAAAGGCUUGAGGAAAAUCAAUACUGAAAUAUGAAUUUAGUAUUAUACUACUUCCUGGUAUAUUUAUGAUGACUGUUCAGUAAUCAGCACCUCCUGUGGGUCGAUAUCCAGUUUUAUUUUUACCUCAAAGGGACUAACUAUGAACAAUCAGUUUCAUUUCACCCUGACUGGCCUUUGUCUUUAAGGAAUGCUGGCUUUAGAAAUUUUCCCCUUCAAUACCAUCAGGUACCAGCUAUAAAUACGCUCUUAUUUAAAUCAGGAAUCUCCAGGCUCUUCUUGUCUGUCAACAGCUCCCGCCAUCUUCCUCUGUCCUUGUCUUGAGUUGACUUCUUGAUGAGUUUGUUUUUAUGCUGUAACACCAGGCAGUAGGUGGGUGUGGUCCACCUUGUAACACAAACACUCCCUCCCGUCUUGACCACCUACAUCCUCUCCCCCGCAACUGUGGAAAUAGCCCCUUUUCACAAAUGAUCCCCUGCCCCAUCAUUAAAAUGUGAACUUUCAGUCCAUAUUCUCUUUUAUCUUGAGAAAGGUUGGGUUAGAAGCAGUCUUCCUGUCUAACUCGGGGCUCUGCCUUUUAAAAUGCUUUUUGUCUUUUGUUGUUCUGAGAACACCCAGAGCAUUUUCUCCCCAGUGAGUCUCAACAGAUUCUUAGGCAAUAAUUUUCCUCAUUGUUGGUGAUCUUAACAGUCUUGACCCUUCAUGUUGUGCAUUGGUUUCUGUGUUAAUUUGUGUGAUUUAAAUCUUAUGUCAGAGUGUGCUGACGGUUUGUCAUUGUGUUGUGAUUAUUAGUGAUGCUUUACUACUGUAUUCACUGGGGCUGUGUUGAGACCAGCCAAAUCCAUUUAUAGCUUUACUGAGCCAGAUUUAUUUUUCAAGAUUUCCCAAGUGAAAGUUGGGCACCUUGUCUUUGGGGGAGGGUGUGGGAGUGGAUGCACUGGGGCAGGGGUGGGAAUUACACGUGCAAAGCAUUCCCUUUUUCAUGUACUCUUUUGAAUAGCAAGGAAGUUUACUCAGGAUUUGGGGAUCAAGUUGUCAGCCAUACCGAAUUUGACAAACUGAGCUGCAUGCCCUGAAAGCCCUCUCUUUUCUUCCCCUCCACAUUAUCUGACUGACAUUACCAGGAGAACCCUCUUUGUCCAAAGCAAAGGUAUCUCUACCUAAUAAGAGUGGAUGACUGUCCUGCAGAGGCACCUGUGACCGCCAGGUCGUCUCUGAGGGUUUCACAGCAGCAUCUGUCAGAACAGGGCCCCUGUCUUCUGUAGCGUGGUCCCUUGGUUUCAAACAAGACUAUCACUUAAGAAAGAUGCCCUUACCCCUCGCAGAGAACUACCAUACUAAGUUGGUAGGAAAGGCUUCUGGUUAUAGAAACUGCCUCUGACAAAUAGUUAUGUUUGGGAAAGGCUGUUCUCAAAGUGAUGAGCUGCUGCUCUUGCAAGGCCAGUGGUUGACUCACUUUUCUCUGAAAUGCAACUUUGUUCAUAUCUGUGUACUUCCAGUAGCUAGAAGCUUGUAAAUGGAAAAGUUUCCAUAUUAGCUUCAUUAUUCUUUCUGGGGAGGGAUGAGAAAAAGCAGCAAAAAGAAAUCUAAUGAUCAACAAAUCCUGUCUCCUAUAACACUGGUUUUCUUUUGUGCUCAAGAGGUUAAGAAAUAGAGAAGAGAGUCUAGGAGAAUUGGCUGUACCCCCUUUCUUCUUGUUGACAGAGUAGGUGCCUUGGGGUCACACACAUGCGUAUCUCAACUUUGCUAUCGUUCCUCCUGUGGCAUUGGGGCAGAACUAGAUCUAGUUGACCCGUUCAAGUGAAAGUUGACUAUUGUUUUUACACUGUUUAGUUGACAGUACACACGUGCACGUUCUCCCCACAUUAUCUCACUGCCCAGCACCGUCACCACCCAGAGGCUGCAUCUACAGGGGCAGCUUUCCCUUCUCUCCUGUGCCUGUUUAUGGGGCAGAGUGUAGACUGGUUGGCCCCAGUUGGGGUGCAGCAGGCGGCACGUGGACACCAGCUUGGCUCACACUCGGAAGUCUCAGGACGCUGGCUCCCUUGACUCCAUUUUCAUUUUCUUUUAAAUAAGAGCGGCUCUAGACAGCCAUAAUUAACUCUCAGAUUCACAUUGGUGCGCUGUGAUCAAAUGAAGGUUUGGCUGAAUCUUUUCAAAUUGUAACCAUGGUAAUUGAGGGGGGUGGCACAGAAUGAAUAUAUAAAAAUAUAAUGGCAAUUGUUCUGAAUGACUGAGUGUCCUCCUGACAUGUAAUUAGCUGUUUUAGCAGGAUGCAGAUUGGCAUGGUCAUAAUUAAAAGGAUUUCUGUCCUUUAUGUGAUUGGAAAUGGUAGAGCUCCCCUCCCCUGUUCUCUUUUAGCACUAAUGCUCCCGAGAACAUUUGGAACAGCAACUUGGUAAACUAAAAUAAUGACAUGGUACUCAUGUUCUCCCCUAAGUAAAAGAGAAGGAUUUGGAGUUAUUUCAGCUUGAAAAUGGAAGCUUUGAUUAUUGUUCCCAUUUGACUCCUAAAUUUUUGGAAGCCUUGAUCACAGCCCGUUUCAACCUGCUCUAUCUUUGGCAGAAACCCCAGUCAGAAUCCUAAACGUGGUGAACCUGUGAAGGCCUCUCCCUCCCACCAGCUCCCAGCUCGGAGACCUUGCUAACAUAACUUGAGGACAGUUGCUGCUUAUUGAGCCCCUUCCUUGGUGGCCUGAUCUUUCCAUUGGCAUCACUGUCAGGAAGUAUUUACCAGACAGGAGUUUGCAGAGUUGGGUAGGGCUUUCCCACCUCACACUUAGCAGUUGCCAGCCGCCUCCUGGCAGGUGCCUUGCCAGGUGCCUUGCCGUCCUGAGUCUUCUCACUGUUGUGCUGUGUCAGCACAUUGUCUCCCUAGCACUUCCUCAGCCUGGCUCCCUCUCCUGUGCUCCCUGUCCCAUCGGGCCUCAUGUGCUCUUGAUACCAUAUGUGGUCCCGUGAUAGGGUCCCUUACUCUUCUCAUCCUACGGUGUCACUUUGGAGCGUUCUGCUGAGUCACCAGCUAGCCUUUCUCUAGAAUAUGGCUUGGGUUUUUGUCCCCAUCAUUCAUGGAAGUCUUUAUUCAAUUAUAUAAUCAAGAGUGGGUCCACGAGAACACCAGCACCCGGUAUAGUGCCAAAUGGCCUUUUAUAAACUGUUUCAGGCCGGAACACUCCAGGAUUGGUUAGUACCCACUACAAAAAAUAAAGCUCUGGCUUUUUCCCGUAUUUGCUGCUUCCCCAAGGACAAGUCUUCUCCUCUCCAUACAUCAGAAGGAGCCAUGACCUGGAUGGAAUGCUGGUUACAGCUGUCCUCUCCCCAAGCACACACACCUAGACAAUUUAGGGAAAGGUUCUUAGGCCUUCAGGGUUUGUUUUGCUCCCCUAAAAUUACCUACAAUGAAAUGUAUAGUAGUUGUGCUGGGUCAGGAAAAAAGUAUUGAAAGAUUCUUAUUCCUGCUUCUCCUCCUGUGAGAUGUCAAAGCAACCUCCUGUGUACCCACCCCUGGCACACCUGCACUCAAGAGACAUGCAGUCACCGAGACUGUGUCUUAGAGAGCCUGUCAGUCUUUAUGACAACGGGAAUGACUUAGGGACUCAUGACCCCAAAGAGCAUCCCUUUUCUUCAUUCCCAGCUGCUGAAAGAUAACUUUCCAUUUAAAAUUUAGAAUCUGUCUUAAGAUUAGAGAUUCUGAGAGCUGACUAGAUGAGUCUAAUUCUGUGAUCUGUGAGACGUGCAUUACAACAGCCAGCAGAACAUUCGGCUCUGCUAACAUUCCGAGAAAAUAGAAUUAACACCACAGUUGAAACCUCCCAACAUCAUCUGUCUGAGGGAUCAAAGUAUUAGAAAUGCUACUUCAGGGAGGGUAGACUUAAAAAGAACUGGAGUUAGACAUUUCCCUCCCCAGAUAUUUCCAGAGGCCACUUGGGUGAUUCAAAAAACCCUGUACCAUAUAUUUCUUUGCCACCAGCAGCCUCACCCCUUUCUCUAGUGAAAAGGAACCUUGUUCUCUCUCCUCUAGUAAAAAUAAUAAGCAGUGUUUACCCAGGAAAUAAGUAAUUUUUGGAAGCAAACAUCAGAAAUAAAUUAUUCUUGUAAGAACUAAAGAUUUCACCUUUCUACAACAUAUUGCCGUAAGAGAGAGACACAGACAUCCUGAUGGUGCAGUGCCGCCUGCUUAGCACGUGGAGGCUCACGGACCCCACACCAAGCAACCCCCCAACCGCAGCCAGGCAGGUCUCUCAAGAAUUCUACCUUGCUUUGCUUUCUUAUGAGACCGCACUGGGUGGCCCCACAGUCACAUUGCCACCACCUCUGACACUAGACCAGUGCUCCCAUGAGGUUCUAGAUCGUAUCACAGGCUGAGCCCUUCCCCUCAUCUCCCACCCCUGGUCAGGGACAAGAGCACAGUGAGGCUUCAAGGGAACUAGACUCUACGGCACUUCUUGCCUGCAGGUCAGUUAAUAAAAGCAGAGAAUAUGAAAAUCUUUCACACAUUUUUGCUCUAUUCAACUCUUCUAGUAUUUUCUUAGUGCAAAUUACUCUUCCAUAUCCUGCUAUGGUAGGGGCUUGGUGUUCUGGAACUGUAUGAGUGUCUGCCCUGGCUCCCCGGGCUCCCUACUUGGCCAGUGAAUAGCAGUUGUGCAUGGAGACAAAUCCAUGUUUGGGCUCAGUGUGAUCCCUCGGGCACCUAGGAUGCAAGGAGCUUCCUCAGGGGAGAGGCUGGUGCUCACUUAGCAGCUCAGUGACUGCUGGUCAGGGACACGGGCUCCACACUGACCUGACUCAACUGAAAUUUACCUUCUCUCCUCCCCUUUCUUCUUCUCUUCUGCAAAAGUAAGGGGUUUUUAUCAGGGUUGGUUUUGUCACCAUCUCUCUCCUGAUCUGCUCUCACGCCACAGGCCUCUUUGGAGCCUGAGAGUGAACCCCAGCUCAGGAGCCUGUGGAAGUGGUCCCCGUAACAGGCACAUGGUCACAUGAGGGUCUGAUGAGGCUUUAUUAUCCAACCCCUCCCCCAAAACUUAAUUUCAAGGGAAAAAGGUAUAUAUGUCUUUCAUCUUGGACUCAGUCCCGAUUUUGCACCUCUGGUGGUAGCUGGGGUGCCCCUGACGUGUAGGAAUGGGGGCUUUGCUUCGUUCGUCCCUGGGAAGGAAUGCUCACCUGUUUUUCUGGCAGCAAGUCACAGACCUCUUGUUUCAGGGUUCUUUCUUAAGGAUUUUUUCAACUUCCCAUCAUUUCCAGAUUGAGUCUGAAUUUUAGCCUUGUUUUAGGGCUUUCUUUGCUUUACUUGAACUAACAACCCAGCAUAGACUCGCGAGCGUCAUUUCUCCGCUUCAUCCUUUCCUGGAGCUCUGAAACAGGACAGCAGAAUGACACUAAUGCUCUAUUAACGUGAACCGCAGCACUCUGUGAUAGUACAGUGGACUGCACAGAGGCGAGGGUGCUCAGCUGGGGGCUGCUGUAAGAAGCACUGUUGUUAGGAUUUGCCUUGAAAACUACAUUCCACUGUGUUAGAAUCAGUGUACCCCUCAAUCCUGCACCUCUGAAAUGGGCACCACAAAACCAAAGCCAAAGUUCAAGAGGGGGUGUAGAGCGCUUUUUUCUUUCCAAGCAUUAGGAGCUCUGGCAAGGCUUCAUUACUGUUCUUUUCAAUGUUGCCAGAAAAGCCUGAAGGGCCUCUCUGCUCCUAGUAGCUUGCUCACACUGACCAAGAGGGCAAGUUCACGUGGUGUGCAUCUCCCAGCCCCACAGCGGCACCUGGAGCAAGCCUGCCUGGGCCUCCCCAUGCCUGCACUUGCCCAUGUCUUGCUGGGCUGCGGCGCACAGACCUGGAAAGGCCUCUGCUGGGCCCUGCCCCUAGCUGCUGCGCCAUCACAAUGCUGGUUUCUUAUGACUCACCCUGACUGCCAGGUAGGACGCUCUCUCUGCCGAAGAUGCCUCCCCUGGAAGAGCCCGCAGCCUUCUCUGAUUUCCCCAUGGGCUCGCCCCCCUUCCACGGCCAUGGUCACGUUGGAUAUGCAGUACCUGUCAAGGAUAAAUUUUUAUUUAUGUUUUUUAAGUGCCUAAGCAAGUCACAGACCUCUGGAACUUGCCAGAGACUCGGCCUGUACCCUGUCCUUCUCCCCCUGCACUCAGCUCUCUCGGGUGGGCACAGGGUGGCUGCCCCUCUCCAGUGUCCCUGGCGUUCUGCAGGCAGAACCACCACAAGGGCAAGCAAGCGGGAGGGAUUUCUUCACAGCCACGUCAGGCUGGCUUUGUCACUGUUCUCCAGUGUUUCUUUUUUUAGAGGUGUUUCUGUUCAUGUGGUUAUGGUCUUGGUUCAUAGAGCAGUUUAAGAGUCUGCUUAGCUAAGUCUUAGUAGCUUCUCAGUUACGAAGACAGGAAAGCAAGACAGCCUCCGAGCAGCGUUCUAUCUCUGUUAGAUCCAAGAGGGCAAAGCGUCAAUCAUCCUUAAUAAACAUGCUGAUUCAUUUGCGAUCGUGAGUCACUGGAAUCCUGGCUGCACUUCUGUGUCCUCUCCCUAGAGUGGAGGGAUCAGGGUGUCCGCUCACGGGGGCUCAGAAAGGCUGUCAACAGUAGGGCGUUAAGCAAGAUCAAAAGUGUGUUUUUGAAAAUGAAUGUGAGAGUACUUGUUUGCUUCUUUUUAAAAGUAAUUUAAGUCUGACCUUAAUACGGGGCCUUUAUUAUGUGGUGGGUGUACACAGAUUGUUUUGUGACCACACUAUGUUCAGAUCACAUCACUAAGCAGCACUCAGACGAUCUGUUGGUGCGUUAAAAGGUUUUGCAAAAUGGAACAAUCCAAACCCAGGCACUUUAUUUUCAUUAAUAAUCCAGCAUUUUUGUUCAGACAGUGUAAUAAGGGCAUUCACAUCUGACACGUGGGCAGAUUUGCCAGUAGAAUUUGGACAGUGCAGGGAGGUGUCUGAGGAAGGUGAGCAAAGGGGAGUGACUGCUGUGGGGGGGACAAACGUGAGGCUCUUCCACGGCACGUCAGCCACACCGGACUCUUCCAGCGCACUGUCGCUGGGUUUAGAUGCUACCGAGUGUCUGUCACUUACCCUGGCUGUGACUGAGAGGAGAUGAAUGUACGGAGUGCAGCGAGCUAGGAGAAUGCAGUGAAACGCAGUUGGAGGCAGCAGGAAGGGCCUGGUUCCUUCUCAGUUAGCUGGACUCAAACACUGUAGCAAGCAAGAGCAGAGUGCUGGGGGUUCCACUUCUGGACCACGUGUUCACUGCCAGGGUGGGAACUAGCUGGCGCAGUCAGAUCUAAAAUGGAAAGCAAGUGUAACGGUCAGUCAGGUCAGGUACCAAGGCAUUGCCUAAAGUAUUUAGCAUCCACCAAAUAUUCGUGUCUCUGAGAUGGGCGUGCGGGACCCCUGCCCGACUGGCACGGGAGCAGAGAGCGCCUCCCUGCCAUGGCUGUUGUGUGUCUUGUCUUUGUUUCCCCUUGGCGUCUCCUCUGGUCUCUGUCCCCCAUCUUGUGCACCAUGUGUCCCUGAGGGCAAGUCACACCUGUGUCUGAGUCUGCUCUAGGUGUCCAGUCUACCUCAAGGGGUCAUCAUGGUCAGCUCUGUUCACAUGGAAUCCUCCGUCCAUUGCCACACACACUGGAAUGUAUCCCCUGCCCUUCAAUAACCCCCAACCCCAUCUUUCCUGUAAUCACCACAAACUCCUAGUGCAAAUUGGAUGCUGCUUUAAAUGUGAAAACAAUUGUUCAAAAGCUAUAAAACCUGAAUGAAAGCUAAAGCUGAAUUUAUAAGCCUUGUUGCAUAUGAGCCAAAAGUGCAAAAAGCUCUAUAUAAUGAACUAACCUGCCACUCGUAUAAAUAUAAAUAUAUAUAAAUAUAUUAAAAUCAGACUGUUCUACAAAAUUGUGUAUUUGUAUUUUUGUGUACGUACAAUUUUCUGCUAAGCAGAAGGAGGAUGUAGUAUAGGAAGCUGUGAGAAGAGAUUUGGUUUAAUCCUAUUUCUUUGUUACUUAUUUUUGUUAACAUCAGAUGCCUGUCUUCGUCUUAUAUGUGUAUGACACUGUUUGGAAAGCUGCAGUAUCUCUCUCCCUUAGGUCCAGAGUCCCUUAAUGAAAUCUGGCUUUAGAGAGUUGGCCACUCAACACAGAGAAGGUCACAGUUUGGUCCUGUACCCCGUGAGGGGACCCGGAGCUGCUUCCUGGUGGAGGAAAUAGCUCCCCCCGCUUGAUGCCGGUCACCGUAUUUUGACUUCCCCCUGGGAAGCAAAAAUCCACUUCUAGAAAUCAGCUUCUAAAACAAAAGAUUAUGAGAUCUCCCUAAUACAGAGUGUCCCCCGGGUGAUCUCUGAACUCUGGCCCAGAAAUGAGAGAUCCUGCUCCUGAGUUUGUGCAGACAGCAGCAGGGGCUCUGCCCGGCUGUGGUGCCAGCUCGUUGGCUGUCCCUGGGUUCCGUCUCCCUCAGAAUAGUUGCUGCCUUUCUUCAGAUCAGGUUACCAAAAUGCCUCCCUCUGCUGAGCUGCUGACGCUUCAUCUCCCAGGUCUCCAGCCCCAGUUACCUGGAGCAUCUCAGAACCCACUUUGCCGGUGCUAAUCACAAGAGGGGGUUAAAAGUGGCUGCCAGGAGUGGCCAGAAACCAACCAACUGGAGGCCAGGCCAAAAGACACGCUCCGGGUCCCCAGGGGCUGGCGGGCGUCCCGCUGCUGCCCGUCCACCUCUCAGCUCCACAGCAGUCCCUUUGCUGGGAAGCUUCUCUAAGGAGAGGGAUACUGCACCUUCCCCUGUAGGACUCAUAUUUAUAACAAUGUGUAACGACUGUAGCAAAAAGCCCUUGUUUCUAGCUGUAAAUGGUCAAAGAAACAAGUGCUCUAUUGUAUUGAUUAAAAUAGUUCAAAUGAGUCCUGUAUCAUUGUAUCUCCUAUUCUGGAUUAGUGCCUUUUGGACAGUAGACUGUUCUGUAAUUAAAAUGUAGUAUACUGCUUUUUUGUACAGUUUUGUUUUAAUAAAACUUUUUUUUAAUUUGUGUUUAUUUUAGUAUUGUACCUAUUAGAGAAUAAAAUGUAUAACUGAA